CAGACAUUAAUUAGAAAUACAUGGUCUUAGCGAGACAGAAAGAAUUGAUCUUUCAUCUAAUCCAAUUCAGGGUCUGUAAGAGCAUAGUAAAAACUCUCUCUUCAACCGUUCUGUCAUGUGCCUAACAAUUCCUACCAUUCUGCUAGUACUUGUAAUCACUCUGUUCAAAUUCAUAUACUCCAUCAUUUGGGUACCAUUCAAAAUUCAGCUGCAUUUCAAGCGACAAGGAAUUGAAGGCCCUGGGUACCAUCCAUUAUAUGGAAACUCUGAGGAGAUCAAAAGGCAGCAUACUGAAGCGGCUUCAAAACCAAUUUCAUUCAACCAUGACAUCUUGCACCGUGUGGCGCCUUUCUACAAGAAGUGGUCAGCCAUGUAUGGAAGAACAUUCUUGUUCUGGUUUGGUCCUACACCGCGUCUAACUCUGGCCGAUCCAGACAUGAUUAAGGAGCUUAUGCUAAACCAUACUGAUUGUGUCGAUAAGCUCCCAUUUACCCCAGUUUCUAGGCAGCUCUUUGGACAGGGACUCGUGGGAUUGUUUGGUAAAAAGUGGGCCGUCCGCAGAAGGAUAAGCAGCAAGGCCUUCAACAUGGAGAGGGUUAAGGAUUGGGUGCCUGACAUCGCAGGUAGUACCAUGAAGUUACUAAGGAAGUGGGAAGAACAAAGAGGAGGAAGAGAUGAAUUUGAAUUGGAUGUACACAAAGAACUUCAUGAUCUCUCAGCUGAAAUAAUUUCUAUAACAGCUUUUGGGAGCAGCUUUGAAGAAGGGAAGCGUAUUUUUGAGUUGCAAGACCAGCAGAUCAACUUUACCUUUCAGGCUAUGAGAAGCAUCUAUAUCCCUGGAUUGAGGUUUCUCCCAACAAAGAGUAACAGGAUCAGGGAAAAGCUAGAGAAGGAAACUCGCGACUCAAUUAGGAAACUGAUCGAGACAAACAAGAAUGAAGGACAAAAGUCGAAAAUUUUGCUUCGUCUGUUAAUGUCUGCCAAUAAGAAUUUUGAUGACAAAGAAGAGGGAUUAGAUGUGGAAGAAGUCAUUGACGAAUGCAAGACAUUCUACUUUGCCGGAAAUGAAACAACUGCAAACCUCUUGACUUGGGCGCUUCUUCUUCUAGCACUCCAUCAAGAAUGGCAAGAUAAGGCACGAGAAGAAGUUUUUAGAGUUUGCAAAGGCAGUUUGCUUCCAAAUGCUGAGAACAUGGAUGACUUAAAACUUCUUACCAUGAUCAUAAAUGAAACGCUUCGGCUCUACUCACCAAUAGCCCAACAGACGCGGAGAACAUCCAAGAGUAUCAAGCUGGGAAAGCUAGAUAUUCCUGCUAAAACAGAGUUCUAUUUAGCACUCACUGCAGUCCAUCAUGACCCGGAAAUAUGGGGAGAAGACGCCAACGAAUUUAAUCCUCUUAGGUUCACUGAGCCUAAAAGGCAUCUAGGUUCAUAUUUUCCGUUCGGUUUAGGGCCCAGAAUUUGUGUGGGUCAAAAUUUAGCAAUGGUUGAAGCAAAAAUUAUCUUAGCCAUGAUUGUCAAACAAUUUUCCUUCAGGGUGUCACCUUCAUAUGUUCAUGCUCCAAUCAUGUACCUCGCCGUGCAGCCUCAGUAUGGUGCUCCCAUCCUGUUCAGGACCGUCUCAGCCUGAAUACUAGUGCAAGAAGGGAAGGGAAGGGAAGGGAAGGAGAGAUUAUUUGCCAAUUUGAAAAGCAUAAAAAUUAUCGCCAUUACACUUUGAAUAGCUAUUCAAAUAUGUGGUUCGGCCAAGCUGUUAGAGAUUCUAUUUGCUGCUAGUGCAAGUGGAAAUGGGCUAAUUUUCCUUCAUCCUUGUGUUCUUAGUUUUCAUCAAUAUGUUAGGACAACAAAGGGCGGAGAGAAAGGGAAAUCUUGAAAGCACAAUGCUUUGUUGCUGGAGUUCUGGUGGCCUCAUAAAAGAUUUUGGAUGACAAGCUAGAAAAUACUCCGCUUACAACACCUUAGCUUGAGUAGAACCAAUUUACGGUACAAUAGAGGGUCAGCUUGAUCACGAG